AUGUCUCGUUCUGCUCCAUCGACAACGAAGACGCCAACUCUGGAGACGCUUCCUAACGAAAUCCUUGACAUCAUCUUGCUUUUCGUCGCUGGUUCUUCUCUGCAAAGUAGAUCAACCGUGCAAUCCGUCUGCCGCUUGUUCCGCUGCCUUGUCGUCCUCAACACAUCCUUUCAAACCGAUCUGGCGUCGCUUCCGGUCCACCCGCCGGCAUUCUCUGCCUACUUCAAUCGCGCGCAUUCCCUUGGUCGACCAUUCCAUCUUGUCCUCGACUACACGAACAAGAAGCGGAGAGUACCUCCGUUACCAUGUCUUCUUAGCGGUGUUGUCUUCGCGCAGACUAUCGUCGUCCAGCACUCGUUGUCUGUGUCAGAUGUAGUCGCUGCGCUCGUGCGCCAACCUCGCUGUGAGGCCCUGCAGGAGCUGGUUCUCGAAGCUGUAGGCAACUUUGUUUCAGCUCGACAGCUCAUGUUGUCGCACCACGAGGGAGACGGUGUUCUCUCUCUGAGGGCGCCGCUCUUGAAGCGUCUCGAGCUUCAACAGAUAGUGCUCAACUUCCCGGAGACCUUCAAUCUUAGACGCUUGAAGAUCGAGCAUCGUAACGAGACCGACACUGUAUCGUCGGACGAGAGGACACAACGCGCGAAGAAUCUUCAUUCUAUCCUCAGGCAUAAUCCGACCCUGGAGUCUGUCGAGCUCAUAGAGCCUGUUGGCCCAGAGUAUUCCGGAGGCGGUCCAUCUGGACUCAUUCCAUUGCCUGCCUUGAAGGAGUUCAAAUUGUCCAUCUCGCAUCUACCACCGGCGGCGUGGCUCCUGUCGUGCCUUACUCCGUUGCCUUCGGAUGCAUAUGUGUCUAUUACUGUCGGAGAGGGCGCUCGGGAAUCCGUUGACAUAGUGCAGUUGGCAGACAUCAUCGGUAGGUUCGGCUUUCGUUCGUGA